CGUUACUUUCCGUACCCGCAUCUACUUUAUGACCGUGCUCUUCCUGCGCUGAGCUCCGUCCUCUCUCGCCCACGUUCCCGCCGCCUAAAUUCUCUCUCUCAGCCUCCGAUCUCGCCGCUCGAGAACUCCUGCGUGGAAUUAGGGGCAUCUCAUUGUUAAACUCUUAACGAUCUCAGCGAUGGUUGGGAGCUUGAACGGAUCGUCGAUGGAUCUGAUCCAAAACGCGGAGCCUUUGCCGGAGGAGAUCGAUCCGAAGGCGAUGCCGUUGGAUCUGAACGGAGAAUCGGACGGUGGCCGCGGCGGCGGCGGCAAGAGUCGGCAGAUCGUUCUAGGGCGAAAUGUGCACACGUCGUGCUUUGAGAUUAGCGAGCCGGAGGACGACGACGAGGUCACCGGCGAGAGGGAGGCGUAUAUGGCGGGAGUUCUCGCGAGGUAUAGGAAAUCUCUGUUGGAGAGGACUAAGCAUCAUUUAGGUUACCCAUACAAUUUGGAUUUUGAUUAUGGUGCUCUGGGCCAGUUGCAACAUUUCUCGAUCAACAAUCUCGGUGAUCCCUUCAUUGAGAGCAACUAUGGUGUCCAUUCCAGGCAGUUUGAAGUAGGGGUUUUAGAUUGGUUUGCUCGCCUCUGGGAAUUGGAGAGGAAUGAAUAUUGGGGUUAUAUAACUAAUUGUGGUACAGAAGGAAAUUUGCAUGGUAUUCUUGUUGGGAGAGAGGUUUUCCCAGAUGGUAUUUUAUAUGCCUCUAAGGAGUCCCAUUAUUCUGUUUUUAAAGCAGCAAGAAUGUAUAGAAUGGACUGUGUUAAGGUUGGUACUUUGAUGUCUGGUGAGAUUGAUUGUGCCGACUUUGGAAGCAAACUCCUCUUGAAUAAGGAAAAACCAGCCAUUAUAAACGUCAAUAUUGGAACAACGGUGAAGGGCGCGGUUGAUGAUCUUGAUAUGGUUAUAGAGACUCUCGAGAAGAAUGGAUUUAAGGAUCGGUUUUACAUUCACUGUGAUGGUGCUCUGUUUGGGCUUAUGAUGCCUUUCGUCAAACGGGCACCAAAGGUUUCAUUCAAAAAGCCUAUCGGAAGCGUAAGUGUAUCUGGCCACAAGUUCGUUGGAUGCCCUAUGCCUUGUGGAGUGCAAAUAACAAGAUUAAAGCACAUAAACACCCUUUCUAGCAACGUAGAAUACCUUGCUUCUCGUGAUGCCACAAUCAUGGGAAGCCGAAACGGUCAUGCCCCGUUAUUCCUCUGGUACACCCUGAACCGAAAAGGCUACCGAGGGUUUCAGAAAGAAGUCCAAAAGUGCUUAAGAAACGCCCAUUACUUAAAAGACCAGCUUAGAUCUGCAGGAAUCGGUGCAAUGCUCAAUGAGCUCAGCAGCACCGUGGUGUUUGAGAGGCCUAAGGACGAAGAAUUUAUCCGAAGGUGGCAGCUUGCUUGUGAGGGGAACAUAGCUCAUGUUGUUGUGAUGCCGAGUGUUACUAUCGACAAGUUGAAUGAUUUUGUGAGCGAGUUGACGGAGAAAAGACUGGCCUGGUACCGGGAAGCUGACGUUCAAGCUCCUUGCGUUGCGCGGGAUAUAGGGGAGCACAACUGUUUCUGUGCUCUUCACAAGCAGUAGUGAUGGAGCAAAUAUCGACAGCUUCUGUUUGCUUCGUGUUGUAGGUUGAUCUUGUAAUAUGUUGUGUUUGCCUAUUUAUUUCGUUGGACUCUUUUGGUAGGAGAAUAAUUGCAUGCCUUAAACCGAUCGUCUAUAUAAAAUAUUGGUAUAUCUUUAAAGCCUGCAAUUGGAUAGGA